CGUUUCUGCACAGGUCAACUCGAUAGUCGACCAUCAGACAACCAUCUUGGACCUGUACGGCUGGCAUGUCCUUACCUUCGCCCGGCGCGGCCCCCGUGUCCUCCCACGUUGCUAUCGAUGGUUCUUCCUCUGCGCCCGCAUCUCCUUCAUCUCCGUCCGUGUCGGUGCAGGUCAUUUCGUCCAGCCAGAGCGUCCAGAGCGCCGCGUCCAGCUCUGGUGGAGGAGAUCCCAACGCCACUACGCCGAACUCUGCAACUUCGUGGACUAAAGGCUGGUCACCCUCCGCUGCUCUGGACCAGGCUAAAUCGGCCAUGAAGCAGUCGGGUACAGGUCAAAACCCGCUCAACGGACGAUACCGGCCGCUUCAGCUGCUGAACGACGACGACAGCGACGACGAGUGGCAAGGUGAAGCUCGAGGCGUCCCGAGCUUUAUAAGCGGAGCUUCAAGCUCCUCCUCAGCCAUGGAGGCCGCUUCCAUCCCAUUGGCCCGCUCUCUACUCGAGCGCGAGCAAAUGACGUCAUUUCUACAAAGUUCCUGGGUGUUUCUACUGCUACUGGGCACGCUAGCGUCCGUGACAGCUUGGAGUGUCGAUGCAGGUGUAUUGGUCGUCACAAAGCUCCACUCAAACUUCACAGAGCUCGGAGGCACCUGGUCUCUAGGCUAUCUCUUCUACAUCCUCUUCCGAGUGUUCAUUCUACUGCUGGGCGUGGGCUGCACUGUCCUCAUCUAUCCGGAAGCCGUUGGUUCCGGUAUCCCCGAGAUGAGGAGCAUCUUGGGAGGUUUCCCAUUCCCAAACUACCUAACAGGACGCGCGUUGAUCGCCAAGUGCUUCGCCUUGAUACUGGCACUGGGAAGUGGCCUCACUAUAGGAAAAGAAGGCCCAUUCGUGCACUUGAGCUCGAUUAUCGCUCGACAAUUGCUGCGGUUGCCACUUUUUGAGCAGAUCCGGAAGUCCAAGGACCUGACGCACCACAUGCUGGCAGCGGCGUGUGCUGUGGGCGUCACUGCGACGUUCGGAGCUCCAGUUGGCGGCGUGCUCUUCAGUAUCGAAGUUACGACGUCCUACUACGUGACGUCCAACUACUGGCGCGCCUUCUUCUCGUCUGUGGUUGGCGUCGUGGUCUUCCGUGGACUCAAUAGCCUUCUCGCUGGAUCGUACGGCUCCCUCUUCACAACUUAUUUCGACCCACUGCCGUACGAGACGUUCGAGAUCGCAUUCUUCCUGUUAUUGGCGGUGAUUUGUGGUCUCCUCGCUGCGUUAUUGGUGCGAUCAUACCGCAUGACUCUCGAUAUGAAGAAGAAACUUGAAGACCAAUAUCUGUUGAUCUGGUGCGGCAGGUUUCCUGGAGUUUCGCCCUUUAUCUAUGCUGCAUUAGUGGCAUUUCUAUUCUCUAUCGUGGAGUACCCAGUCGGCAGCUUCAUGCAACUCACCCAACGCCAGACUAUUGACGACAUGUUCUCCACCAAGACGUUAGCUGCUGAUGAAGUAUCCACUGCGACACAUUUGUCCAUCGACUUCGGCAGUUCGUGGACGUCUCCGUCACUGUUGUUGAACCUGUUCGCGUACGUGGUUGUACGUUUUUGGGCCUUGGCCAUCAGCGCCACCGUGUUCGUGCCCAGUGGUAUUGUUACACCUGUAUUCGCGAUCGGUGCUGCGCUUGGUCGCUUGUUUGGUGAAUUAGUUGUGAUUCUCAGUGAAGGAGAAUUGUCUAUUGGUGGCUACGCUGUCGUCGGAGCCGCUAGCUUCACGGCUGGUGUGACUGGAACCAUCAGCAUCGCAGUGAUCGUGUUCGAACUCACAGGACAGCUGAGCUACAUGAUCCCCGUUCUCCUUUGUGUGAUCGUGGGACGAGCUGUGACGCGAUUUUUCUCGCUCGACAUGUACGAGACGAUGGCUCGUCAGAAGAACUUGCCUCAAUGGCCGGACCUGACCAAGCAGAUAUCCUACUCGCUCACAGCUGGGGAUCUUAUGCGCGAUAUGCCUCCUUACUAUCUCGUUCGACGUCAAACUUUGAGUUCGAUCAAGCAUUUGCUGCAAGUUACUAGUCGUGCCAAGAAAGAUAAGAUCGUUCGUCUUUUUCCAGUCGUGGAUGACACCAAGACGAUGGUGUUGCUGGGAGUUGCUACGCGUGAAGAACUCGAGUCUCUGGUUGUGUUGUGGGAGCUCAGUCUACGCAGUGGCAGAGUGUCAGACCGUCGUGUUUCAGUGGCAGGUAUCAUGCCUGAACAAGCUGUUGUGUUGUCCAAUCCAGCGACUGAAAGUUCAGAGGACGUAGACUUGGUACAUCUCGAACUUUUGAGUCUGGAAGAAGAACAUUUCCACGUGCCUCGAGAUACGUUCGCCAGCCACGUGAUCCUCCUCAUCUCAGUACACAAAUGUCCACAGCUCUUCGUCACACAUCGUGGCAAGUUACAGGGAGUUAUUCAUGCAGCGGACCUGCUAGCUGGCUCGCGCAAGUACAUGUUAUAGAUAAAAAGGGGUUUUUGCGCUUGAACAUUAAAACUAACGUUACCUGUAAGUUUUGAAUGGCAACCGUAAAAUUGGCAUUAUCUUACGGUA